UAACUAAACUUAUGGGUCUGCUCUUUCCGCUGACGUUGUCUUUACCAUAUAUGGGGCUCGACGUCAUCAUAACGCCCUUGCGACUGCCUGCAUUUCUUCAAUUUCUGCACUUCAUUUAGUUUGGCAAUUACAAGCUGCACAGCAAGUAAGUUAAUAACUUGCCACAGUUAAAAAUAAAAAGUUUUAAAGCGUGCCCUGUGGUGAGUUAUCAAUACCACCGCAAUUUUCGGGACAUGGCUUAAUCCCCACUAAAAUAUACGUUUAACUUGUCUUAAUAGCCUGUGUGCUCUAUCAGUGCGCAACUUUCUCUCAAGGCACACCCUACUGAGAAACCUCCCUAAGGAGAUUGAUACAAACUAUGUCAUUAAGUUAAGACACGCUCGCAUGCAGCACCAGCGUCAUUUCUCCUAAAGUCUUCACAAUGACAAGAUCUGAUGGAGUUACUUUAAAUCAUAUUGCGUUAAACUAAACAUGUCACGGAACAUUAAAACACGAAUUUAAGAUUGAAAAGUCAAGGUGUCAUGGGUUUAUUGAUCCUGGUCUGGUUUCUGUUUAUGUUGUCUCACAUGCUGGUGUUUGUUCAUGGUGGAAUAUCUGUGCAGUUUAAAACUGUAGGACCCUUGUAUGUGGCUUUGGGUGAAACCCUGGUUUUGGAAGCUGUUUUUAUGAAGAAUCCAGAGGAUAAGAUUGAUAUAGUGACAUGGGAGGUUGAUAAUGGAAAGGAGAAUGUAAGGAUAUCGGUCGACCCUAAUACAGACAAAAUAUCUUUCGAGAAGGAUAAAGCGCUUCUGCGGAUUAAACGUAUAAUCUCAAAGGAUUUUGGCAUCUACAAGGUGACUGUUACUGACAGUAAUGGACACCAGAAGCAAGCCUCAAAAGAAGUCAGAAAAAUAGCUAUAUUUAGGUACCACGUCAGGAACCAGAUAAACAGGUCUGGAUUCUUAAAUUGUUUCCUAGAUGAUCCGCCAACAGCGUCAAUUGUGCAUGUGUUGGAUUGUUGCAUGGACACCAGUGGUGUAAUACAGUGGGAUGUCCCUCAGUUCUCUUGGUUGGUGGACGGCAAUCUGGUAACCAAUCAAACAGCGCUGUUGUCUAACGGCAGUAAACUUGACAUCUCACAGGUUACUGGAUAUAACUACACCUGUGUUAUCAGAAGCAGUCUGGGAACAUCUGUGGCAUCAUAUCUGACAGCAAAACAUACUGAAGAAUCGAAGGAGUGUUGUUCUUCUUACAGCGGACUGAUUACUCUUAGUAUUUUACUAGCACUCAUCCUCUGUGUGGCUGGUUGGUUUUACAUAAGAAAACGCUGUCAAACCAGGCAUUCAUCAGUUUCAGGAGCUCAAUGACUCUCAAUUAUCAUUUUUUUUAUUGUAUUGCUAAUUUCAUGGUAUAUUUACUUUAUUUCAGUGUUCUACUUUAUGUUCAUCUGUUCAUCUACUGUCUGUAAUGCAUAAAAACAGUUUUCUUUCUUUUAUAGAUCCUCUUUUCAGUGUAGUCAUGUUUUCAAAGCUGAUUACCAGAGAUUUGACUUGUUGAAUGGAAAAGCAAUAUGUUUGUUUUGGAAAUUUUGACUUUUUCCUACAUGGAGGCAAAAAGUUAUUUUGUUUACAAAAAUAGAUAUAUUUUCUAAGGAAAACACAAUUUUGUUGCUUACUACCUCACUUGUUCUCUUGUUCUGUGUUAUACAUUAAAUGCAGUGAGAUUACCAAAAUAAAAUUUUGUAUGAAUCACAA